AGUGAGGAAAGAGGCGAUCAUGGGGUUUUACUCGACGGCAAUGGACGCGGUUAUGGAGUACACGGGGCUAUCCCCGGCGGGGUUCUUCACGAUCCUUGCUCUUAUGGUCGUUGUGUACAAAAUGGUCUGCGGCAUGUUCGUGGGACCGGAAGAGUUCGACCAGAAGCACAGAGAGAUCACCAUGCCUGGUCCGGCGGCGGUUCCUGAGCCGGUUCAGUUGGGAGAUGUUACUGAGGAGGAGUUGAGAGCUUACGACGGCUCUGAUCCUAGAAAGCCUCUGCUAAUGGCCAUCAAAGGUCAGAUCUAUGACGUCUCUCGUUCCAGGAUGUUUUACGGGCCUGGAGGACCAUACGCUAUGUUUACCGGAAGGGAUCCGAGCAGGGCGUUGGCCCUGAUGUCAUUCAACCGGGAAGACCUCACCGGGAACAUUGAAGGGUUAAGCUCCGACGAGCUCGAAGUGCUGCAGGAUUGGGAAUACAAAUUCAUGGAGAAAUAUGAGAAGGUUGGACGGAUUGUUCUCGAGAAAAGUACCAACAAUAACACUGAAAAUGGAGGUAACAUUAAGGAGAAAGAAAAUGGAGCAGUAGAAGAGUAGACGAUAUUAGGGAUGAAAUAGAAUGGGUGCUUUUCUUGUACUGUAAAUGGAAUCAAAUUGUUCAUCCUUCCUACCCUGAUGAGACAAACAUUAGUUUAUGAUGCCAGAUUCAGUCGACGUUUCACAGGUUAUCGAUUCAGCAAUGAGCUAAAAGAUAGAUAGAACAGCAAAAUUAAUGU